ACUUGCUUUGUGAUUAUCUUACAAGAGUCAAUAAGGAAACGAUGGGGACGUGACAGCCCUAAGUGACACGGAUCUGGGCUGAGAAAUGUGGUUUGAAUAUCGUGACUCAGAACUUUUAUUCUUAAAAUGCGAAUGUGAAAUGCGAGACCUCAUUACAUAAGCAAUCGUCUGGAAACCUUAAAGUCUACAAAAUUAUUCUUCCCAGGACGGCUGUAAAACACUGGAAAUCGCCAAGCCAAACAUCCAAACCAUGCUGACAUUUCUACUGCUUCUUCAGCUGGCCUUGGAGGUCUCGCUCCAAGAAACCUCCAAAUCAGCUACUUCUCCUCAAGACUGGCUGCAAAACGCGUGCACGUUAAUUAUGUGCGGACCUAACAAAGGCGGCCCCAGAAGAGAAAUGGCCGUUCAAGGACCUCAACCGUUUUCAAGUCCAUCAGAACUUCUGGCUAACUCUGCACCAAACAGAGAGAAAUUGGGGAGAGAAACAAGAGAGCUUGAACUUCUUAAAUUGCAAGUCAAACAACUUCAGAUUCAGAUGAGCAUUCUCGAAGUUGCCUUCAUGAACAUUCAAAAAGUUAUCCUGGCUCCCAACGGAGCAAUUGUUGAUGAUAAAAUUUUCAAAAGAGUUGACACUAGGGGCGAUUUCCAGGCCGCCAAAAACAGCUGCAGAUACAUGGGUGGCAAUCUCGCCUUGCCGAGGAACACGGCAGAGAACAGAGCCCUCCAAACAAUAGUAGGAUGGCGUAAGGAACAGGCAAUUCUGGGAAUCACUUACAGCACAACUGGAAACAGGUUUGAGGAUCUGAAUGGCCAGCCCCUAGUAUUUUUCAACUGGGCUCAAGGAGAGCCGAAUAACCUUGGCUACGAAAAAUGCGUGGAAAUGCACCCGGAUGGGUACUGGCAUAAUAGAAUUUGUGAGCUUGGCUGGUCAAUCAUCUGUGAAUUUAAAAUCUAAGAGACGUUGAGUUGGAGGAAAGAAAAGAAUUCCAACACAGAGUUGAAAAAGGAAGCUUACUCUGUGCUUCACAGAGACAGUCUCUAGCAAAGAGCAAGUAAGUCUUAAUCCAAUAGUUUCCCCUGUUUUCAGCAAGGAGAUCUGAAGUCAAGUUUUACUCCGUUGACUUCAACCUUGUCAUUCCAACGGAAGUUGCCUUCUUCUAGCAUCACACUCAAACCAAACAUCUUGGAAUCCUCAGUCCUCCUAAGAAGUCGGAAGCAGACUUGAUGCUGCUUAGCUUUUACGAUCCAUCCUCAGAUACAUGCUGCCCUCUUCCAAGUCUUCUCUAGCUUAGCUUAGCUAGCAAAACUUGCACUGAAAUGUAGCAAUUAUAGAUCCAUUUUCCCAUCGUUUCUAAAUAAACCCAUUUCCUGCCAGCA